CUAACUGCAAUAAACAUGAUUUAUUUGAAAACUGGUACAGGCGAUUUGUGGAUGCCCAAAGUGUCAAACGCAACACCAAAAGAUUGUAAUAAAGAUGGUUUUUCACCAACAACAACAACAGCAAUAUCAGUAACACCAACCAGAGACUUAUCUGCGGUCACUUCCAAGUCCGCAAAUCAAGUAGCUACAACAACAACCAAAGUGAGCAAACUAACAGCUAGUCAACAACAGCAACAUCAACUGGAGCAAGAACAACUGUACCAAUACCAACAAAAGCAUGCAACGGUAAUCACAGCUGAGCAGCAACAACAUCAAAUGAGUCUGAUAAUGAAAAUGCCAACGGCAACGGCCGCAGCAUCAUCUCCCACAGCCGCAGGCACAAUUGUUUCACCAAUACCGCGCGCAUCAAAGCGCAAUUCACCAGCAGGCAGCAACAAUAGCUCGCCAAGUAAAGAAAAGUCUGAAAGAAUUCUACUCGGGGGUCAUUACACGACACAGCCGCAACCGGGCAAAGAAUAUCGUGAGAGCGGCGAUGAUCGCGACAACGAUUGGGAUACACGCAGGCAAAUGUUGUCUCCAACAACAACAGCACCACCAAUAAGUGGUAUAACAACAAUAACACCACUACACAAAACUAUAGCGCCAAUACCAAAGCAAAGAUCAGCGUAUUCACCGGUGAAGAAUGCUUCUGCAGCUGCAGCCAAAGAAUCCGUUUCGGGCCAUAUAAAUCAGCUAGCGAGCGAGCAGAGAGUUAGCACAACAACUCGUCUAACAGGUACAACUGGCACAGCGGCGCUGAGAGCGGAGCUGCAGAGCACAGCUGGUGGUGAUGGUGGCGGUGGCGGCAGCGGUAGCCACUUCGGUAUCGACGAUGGUACCACCACUCCAUAUAACGUCUCAGCUGUUGCCGCUGGCAGUGGUCAUGGCGAUGGCGAAGAAUGUAUGGCAGACGAAAAGCAGGAAAAUGAAACAAUACACAGAGCAACGGCAGCCGAGAGCGGUGGUGAAAUGUAUGCAACGACUGGCAGGCAAAUACCAUCCACAACGUCUGGUUCGCCAACUAGAGCGAGUGUGAGUGUAGCGUCGCCACUAUCGCCCAAGCUAGUCGCUGCACAAGCGGCUCAGUCUCAGCAAUCGCAACAGUUUCAUUCGAAGAACGAACGCGAACGGACGUACACGGAACAGCGCGGUACGUCAACGUCGUCGUCGGCCGGGUCUAAUAAUAAUACAAAUAUCACAACCAAAGUGCAAACACAAGAAAAUACCACAAUAAUCAACAAUAGACAUUAUAGCGCUUCAACUAGCUCGUAUUCGCCCUCGAAUUACGUGAUCCCACAGCAGAACAACAGUGGUGUUAGUGGUAGUGGAAAAAUCUUUUCGAAACUACACAAUAAUCAGUUCAUAAAGAAUCAACAGCAGCAGCAUCAACAACUGCAGCAGACCGGCGCGCAACCGAGCACCGCAACACAAUCGAAUAUUACGGCACGUUAUCUGAAAUACAAGUCGCAAGCAGCGCAUGCGCAGGAAUCUGGAAGCGGCAGUGAAACUGGUUCGACAAGCACCAACUACUCAGGCUCGCCAACCAAAUCGUUUGUGGCACCCACUGCAAGUGCAAUCAAAAAGAAAAUGGUUGCCGUGCAGGAAAUGAAGAAAACGACACAACCAAGUAGUAAUCAUGGACAACUGCAUUCGCACCGCACACACCACAAUCAUCAACAGAUGAUUAGCGCUGGUGGCGGUGGUACAUGUGCGCGUACAGCGUUGAGCGGUGGUCGCGCACAGCCGCCCAGCCAAACGGACGAGGUUAACUUCGAUCCGGCCGAGGAUCUCAGCUAUGGUCCAGGUAUUGUGUCUAAGUUACGUUGCCGUUACCUUAGUCUCGCAUUUCGCGAAUCUAUGGAAAAGGAGCGCCAUUGUUUGGAUAACAUGCGUCGCGCUACUAGCCUCAAUAAUUUACUUGAUCGUGACGAUGCGCACGAUGAGGAUGAGCCUGAAGACGAUUUGGACAGCGGUGGUGCCGUCGAUGUGGAGGUACAUGAUGACGAGGAGUAUGUGGAGUUACGCGCUGAUGCGGAUAGGACACCAAACACUGAACGGAAAUUGAAAACACAGGGUGGCAUAUUAAAGCACGGUGGCGACGCUGCUACACAAGAAAACAACAAAAAAACAACAACGUUUCAGAAAAAUGCAAACGCUUUUGCUGCAAACGGCACGCGUUUGCUAAAUUCGGCACCGGUCGGUAGCGCAGGCGACGCGGUAUCGUCAACCAACGUCGCGGCGCCUGAUACACCGCGUUCGCGUCACGUCAAACGCGGUAAUGAUUCGUUAAAACGCGCGCGUUCGGUUGAAGCAUUGCUCUGUGAACGUUCACCUUGGCAAUAUGCGGCGCUCAAUCGCACUAGCUAUCAGCCACAGCGUUUCACUUCUGGCAGUGGUUCGUCUUAUGCGGCAACGCAGCCGACUUGUGUGACUAUCGAGGAUAAAAUAAAUAAUGCGCGCAGCCGUCUAAUACUCGGCACCGAUAUAAUGCCACCGAAGCGUUUAACCUCAGUGAUCGAUGAUACCGAGCGACCGCCACCAGAUUUGGUAAAACAAACAUUGAAGAAGUUCGAAGCGACGGCCAAUCGACGCGGACGCGGGCCAAAUCGCACGAACGGCACCGGUGAAGUCGCCAGCAAAGUGGCAACCUACAAAACAAUCAUUAAGGAGAAUAAGCCUGCAAUAGUAUUUCCAAAACCACCGCUCAGUCCCACCAAGAAAUUAAAUUCGCCACUAUUAUCGAAACCAUUAAUCAAACCAGUUGUAGGCGCUAAUGAUUUGCUCAACAGUCCGUUAGGGCGCAAAACCACUGCCGCAGCUGCUGCCAAUGCCUCUGCGGCUGUGACUGGAAAUACGCAAGCUGCGACCUCAAACGUCGCAGCCGCCGGCGGCUUAUCAGAGAACUCACCCGAUAUCAUUCCAAGGCAUAAGCUUUUAACGGAAAAGAGCGAAUCGUUAUUGCAUGGGGUCGUCGAUUCGCCAGUGACAGCUUUAACGAAAAAGCUCGAAAAGCUGCGCAUUAACGCUGCCGAUAAACAACAACAACAACAGCUGCAAACGAUAACAACAAAGGAGGCGAAACAGCCAGCACAGUUGAAUAAGCAGUCACAACACUCGGCACUCGAAGUAACCAACAGCGACAACGAAUUCGUCAAUAGCAGCGAGUUAAACAACGACAACAAUGCUAGCAAUAGCAGCCAGCUCGUGGGUGGCGCUGAUGAGGGUGAAGCGGCGGGCGAUAGUGACGCAGCCCUCGAAGGCAACGAAAAUAGCAAUAACAACAAAACAGCAGCACCGACGAAACAGCAUAAUGAUCGUGCGGGCACGGGCACUGGUACUGGUAUUAGCGCUAGCGGCGAGUCAGCCGUAGAACCCGAUACAGCACAAGCAGGAACCGCCGCUAUUAGUAGUGAUCUUAGCGACGACGACGACGGACUGAUUGGUAUUGCCGCCGCCGCACCCACUAAACGUAUAACACGUACAGCACUCGAUAAUAUCGCACGCGCGGGCACAACACAACAAUUCAAAUUCGCUGGCAGCAGUGGACAAACGAAUAUUGGCAGCAAAUCAACAGUUGAGCCGCCAAAAACUAAACCGCAAACAACAAACUUGAAUCCCGAUAUACCCACAUCGGUAUUGAACGCUGCACCUGGUAAGCAAAUCGGGGUCAUACGCCCUUUACCCACCACCACAGCCGCACAACAAGCGGCCAACGCGAACACCGCCAACUCCGGCUUUUCGCAUCAACAACAAUUGUUGCAACAACAUUUGGAAGCAUUGAAGCAAAAUAACGUUUACAACAACACGUCAUCGACGCCCACAAGCGCCAACAACGCCACAGCAACACAUUCCUCAAUUUAUCACAGCACACCGCCGCUGACGAGCCGCGAAAUCGAAAAGAAUCGUAUAAAUGAGAUGAAGAAAACCGUCGCCUUAGCCGAUGGUAGUCCAAUAACAGCCACAAUGGUCAACGCCAGCAACAAUGCCACUUCACCCGCCGCACAGCAUGCCGCAAAUGCUAGUCUAAAUACCGUGAUAAAUACCAAUGCGCCCGGUCAUAAGUCCAACAACACUGGCGCUACGUCGUCAACAACGCCAAUUGUUGGCGGUAGUUCUGGCACUUCCGGUUUCAACGAGCUCGAUGCGGCAGCGCCCGGCGCUAAUAAUAGUCCCUUAUGGGCGUUACGCAUUAAACGGCAGACACCACCGAGUGUGCCACAGGAAAACACAUCGAUGGUGUUCAACUUCUCCAAUCGCAAAGAGGUGCCCGAUUAUAUUGAGAAUGACGGUGUGAUCUUUCGCAGAAAACGUGAAUUGCCCAAGCCAAAUGAAUCUGGUUUCGUGCUACUUGGUGAUCUCUCAUUAGAAACUUCAACAGACUCGGAUUAUGAUGAUUUCUCUAUGUGUCCACCAUCACCCUGCGAUGUUGAAUUCGAAAAUGCUAAUAUUGUGAUCGAUGGAAAGUCAAGCAUCCGACAAAAAUCCAAAGAAGCAACGUUCCGCGUACAAUUCAAUGAUACGCUCACCUCCACCUUUGAAUAUCCCUCUGAGGCAUCGCUAAUCAUUGACGAUUCCUACAGCAAUGAUGCGCUGAUAGGCGCCUAUGAGAACCUAUCAUUAAAUGACACAACGGAUUCUUCACCAGCGCGACACCAUCAUGUAGCCGUUGAUGAGAUUAUACAACUGCCAACGCCGGCGAAUACCUCAUCACCCGCCAAUAAUGCCAGCAGCGCAACAAAUACGCCAACGAAAAAUAUACUGGGGAAUUUGCCAUUAGGUUCAGCACCACUUGGUUUUUAUACGCCUGUGAAAGCGCCCAUCGAGAGUCUCUUUCAACUGGGCGUAACGCGUGCACCUAACGGUAACGGUCACCACGCCUUUAAUAACACCUCCACGCCGACAACGAAUGGCGGCACCACCGUCAACAAUAUAGCUACACAUAAUGGACAGAGUAAUGGCGUUUCCAACAGCAAUGGUGGCGCUGAUGACACCGAGGAGUCGGAGAGUUUGCAGUAUAUAAAACCAGCGAACGAUGAUCUCACCAUUGCGUACAGCGAGGGCGCGCAGAAGACAGAUUUAUUGUAUUGAGUGAGCGCAAAGUAGCAAGCAUGAGAUUGCAAGGUGCCAGCUGCAACGUGUGGAGCAGGCGAAAAGGGUUUUGAAAUUACUGAUAAUACAUACUGGAUAUUUGGCAAGCAAAUGUCUGUGUCGAACUGCUUGUAGGUCCUGACUGGCUGACUGGCAGCGCAUAUUCCGCCGAAGAGUUGCGCUUUUCGGAAUUGUUUAACAUUUGCGUAGCAGUUAAUGUCUGCACUAGUUUAUAAGUCGUUUAGGCGUGCAUUCUUCUUUAGUUGUAUGUAAAUUUUAUUAUAAUUAUAAUUUUUUCGUUUCUCUCUCUCUCGCUUAUUUACUUUACUAAUUUAGUUAUAUAAAUGCAUUUCACAAUGAAUACAUUCUAAUGCACUUUUUAUGUGUGUCAAAUUAAUGCAAUGCAAAUUUUUUGUCUGUUAUAUAAAUAUAGUAAAAACAAAUACAAAAAUGAAAUGAAAAUGUAAUGCAAUCAUAUAAAAUAAAUAUUAAUAUGAAAAGUCUGUUUAGCAUACAGAAAUUUUUGCAACAUAAUUAUACUAGAUUAACUUUCAUAUAUGUAUGUAGCAUUAGAGCGUAGCGAAAACAGUGUAGUAGUGAUAAAAUAUACACAGAAACAAGAUAAUUAAAAAUCAAAAUAAUAAUAAUAAUGUCAAAAAAAUAUUAGCUCAGAAUGUCAGAAAUGUGAAUACUGCAUUAUCCCGUUUACAUUAAAACAAAAUUUAAACAUAUUUUUUUUGUCGGAAAGUUGAGCAUAAACCAACCAAUAUCUGCGUAUAUUAAUAUUUACAAUUUGCUAUUUUUUUGUAAUAUGAACUUUUUUAAUUUUUUUUUACUUAAAAAUAUAUAAAAUAUUAAAUUCAACAAAGUCAAAAUAUCAACAAAACAAAUUAGAAACAUACACAGUUCUUGUUU